GCUUAUGAAUCUGCAGCGGACUUUUGGGUCUGCGUCUUCUUGGGAUCUGAAAGAUUGUAGUGAUUAUUAUGCCCAAUUAAUCUAUGACAACUCUUUUCCCCAUUAAACUUUUUUAAACGGCUUAUGAUUCAUCCAGUUUAAAUUCGAAAUGUCAGUUAGGAGGUAUACUGAUCCUGUAUAUCUCCAGUUUGUAUGGAAUGCAAUUGAAGCAUGCUCAAGAGAUUCCAUCGAAUCUUCUUUUCACGAGUUGUUGUCCUUUAUUCAAAGAGAAUGUGAUUCUAGAUGCACUGCAGGAAAACUGCAAAACGAACUCUCAAACGCUAUAAGCGAUGGUUGUAUAGAAUGUAACCAACGCUGUUAUGUGAAACGCGAUCCAAUGCCCAAAGUGAAGGAUAAACAUGAUUGGUAUUGCUUUGAAUGUCACGGACCAGGUCAUGUUGUAUCUUGUCCAACUUGUUUCAGAGUAUACCACCCCGAUUGCUUGCCAGUUGCCUUAUCAUCACAACUGUCCUCUGUUAUACCUUGUGAAUCUGGUGGAUCCGAAGCCGAUUCAAAUAUGUCUAGUGGAUUCCCACCUACUAGCCCAUGUCCUGUUUGCCAGCGGUUGUCGCGAGCAUCUAAUAUAUCAAAUCCUAGCACCCCAUCGGAGUUACAUAAAAUCUUCCAGGUUGUCCUUGAUCGGAUCCGCAACAAAGUCAAUUGGAAAACAAUGCAGGUUGUUGGUUACUUAAACGAACCUUUACGAAAUAACUACCUCGUAUUACGGCAAAUUAAUACUCGUCUUAUAACCGAACGUAUGCGAGCAGAUCCAUCAUCUAAAGAUUGUUAUCCUAAUCGAACCUCCCUUCUGAUUGAUGUGGAUUUACUAAUUCACAACACCGCCAUUUUUUACGGUUCUAAAAACGAUAUGAGCAAUAUGGCUCGACAGAUACGAUCUCAGCUAGAACGAGAAUUGCGAGAAUCAUCUUUUUGCAUAGAUUGUUACUUGCGUCUUCACUCAGCAUCAGUAAAUAAAUUAACAGCACCUUGUCGGGUUGCUCAUCGUCUCCUUUGGUUCCAACACAAUGGGUGGUCCUUUCGCCCUUGCAAAAUGUUAUAUGAGAGUACGGAGGGCUACGAAGUAGUUUGCUUUGGUGGACGACAUGAGAGGGUUUUUGUUCCACUAGCGAGAGCAUUUGAUAUGAAUUUUACAGCAGAUGAACUUGGUUUACGAGAAACACCACCUUUGAAAAAAGCACUGAAUGAAGCUGAAGAGUACAAAACAAACCAAGCUAUUUUUGAUCAGCAAAUGAAGAAUUCUGAUCAUCUGCCAAACAAGAUGCUGGCUGAACCUAUCUCGAUAGAUUCCAUAAGAAACAAUCUAAUCAGUGAGUCUAUAUCUAAUGGAACAUUCCUGAAAAGUGCUACUUCUCCGCCUUUAAAAAAGAAAAGACCUGGUAGGCGUCCACUAUCUACUAGAUCUCACAAUGAAGAUUUCAACGUAUCGCCUGAAAUGCAGGUUUUCAAAUCUCGUAAAUCCACUGGAGCAAAUUCACCUGUGUGGUGUCCUGUGUCACAGCGUUCUACGUCUCGACGUGACUCACAUUGGUCAGAUAAUAUGAAGAAUGUUACUGAAGAUAACUUAACUUCCUUAUCGUCACUGAACAGUGACAGUGAUGGUCCGGAAACCAAGUGCCGCAUUUCAGAGCCUACUCCUGAGAAUCCAAGUGUAAAUAAAUCGUCUAUGAAACUAUCGAUACCUCUCUUACCUACUCCAACAAAAAGAAAGUCACAUAAAAGAAAGCGAUGCAACGAAGCACACUCAAGACCUAGUUUCUCCAAUGGCAUAUCAGCUGUCCCUCCAAGCUGUGACUCUAGUUCAUCCGAGCUUUCAACAGCGUCUUUUGCGGCUAAAACACAACGGACUAUACGCAUUAAGCCGUUGCCUUUUAGAAGUGAAAACAACGACAUUCCUCUUUCUGUGAAGGAAACCAAUCAGUCUCUCCCUCGAUUGACCUGUGUUGACAGUCAUGUCGUGCAUACAGAACCUGUACACAGCAUGUCCUCCUCAUCCUCUGCUGCAUCUGGUCCUUCAUCGGACCGUACAACUGUUCCUGCCCUUGCCUCUUCUGGUGGCCAUACCCCUCCUGAUUCAUCAGCUUUUUCGGCCUCUUCAACAUAUUCUGAUUUUUCCAAGAAAUCACGUGGACGUCCGCCUAAGACUCAUAAAUCUACCAAGUCCUCUUUGCCUUCAGCGAGCGCCAAAUCUGCUACCGAAAAUUCUGAUGAUUGUUCUUCCACCCCGUUACUGUUAUCUGCAAGAAAUACCUAUGAACCCCCAGCUAAUAACAAGCAUAGUCUUCUUACAAUACCGAUAAGUUCUCCUAUCCGUUCAGAUAGGCUAACCGUUGCAGAUGAAGAUAAACAACAUCCAGUGUGUUCUUUAUCACCGCCUUCAUCCUUAUCAGAUGCAGAGUCGGAUUUGUCUUCUCUUUCUUCUUCAUCCUCCACCGUGUCAUCAUCAUCUCAGUUGUCUUCUUCCUCGUUGUCUUCAACAUCCACACUUUCAUCUCCUGCUCUACGGUUAUCCUUCUCUACACUAAAACCAAAGAUAAAUGACGAACUGUCGACCGCUCGAGUCAAGCAAAAGUCGUCAAAAGACAUCUUAACACCUUUCCAAAGUCAGUUAACUCUCAAAACACGUGAUAAUAAGGAAGGGACAAAAGAAGCUGAUAGUAGUCAACACGUUCCCAAAUUAACUAAAUCAAUUAAGUCGUCUCGCCAUAACUUGGAAAUGAAGGGACAUUUCCGACCGUCUUCGCGAUCUACUGCUAUAAAUACUUUCAAAAAUACAGAUUUGAAUAAUGACUAUCAGGAUGAAGACGUCGGAUUCUGUAUGGUUUCUCCGGAAAAGAGUCUAAAACCUGAGAAGGUAACCGGAAUUCUGCGCAUUCCUGGCGAUGGUAAUAAUUCUGUUGACAAUAAAUCUCUGGGUUCUUCGGCACCCAACUCAUCCGUCAAAAAUUUCGCUUUUGAUAGCCCCAAUACCAAACUCAGUUCUAAAACCGUUCAUCCUUCUGGCUGGUCUAGUGGGACGAAAAUAUUGUCUACAUUUAAUGAUCAGCCAUCUGCAGCGCCUCAGCUUACUCAUCCAACUGGAGCAAAUGUCUCCACCGGUCCAACUCCUCCUUCGAACUCUUCAGCAUCUUCUUCAUGUUACUCUUCAGUGUCACCAGCUGCUCUUUCGUCUACGUCUGGUUUAGGUUCUAGUUUAAGUGAUCCGAAAUCAGUAGACGCAUCACCUGGUGAAGUAGCAACUAUGCUAGGGAAUGCACCUUUUUCUUGCUCAUCAGGCAAUGGCAGUGGACUGGUUGCUCAUUUGCAGUCUGAUAGCAAUAUGAUAAAAACUGAGGAACGAAUUCACCGGAUAUAUGCUGAUCGACUUAUUGCCUUGACAACUGAGAGAGAUCAAGCUCGGGAGGAAGUUCAUCGACGCGACAUUUUAAUCUCUGAACUUCGUCGCGCACAUGAAGCUGAGAUUAAACGAGUUAAACAACGAACAUGGUGUCAAGUGUGUUUAAAUGAGGCAUUCUACCACUGUUGUCCCGGGACGGCAUACUGUUCUGAAACAUGCCAGUUUGAACACUGGACAGCUCAGCAUAAUCGCGAUUGCCGUCGUCGGACAGAGUCACAACAGCAACAACAAAUUCGUAGCUAGCAUAUUAUAGACCAAGUAUAUAUAUAUAUAUAUAUAUAUA